UCUGUUAUGGUUAUUACUGUCGUUUGUUAUCGAUGCUCACCUGUAGGGCUGCUGUUUCAGAAGAAAGUCCCUGCGGUGGGAAAAUCACAAUCACCAGCGCCGGGUAUGUGACCUCUCCCGGUUACCCGUCUGGAUACCCGGUGAACCAGCAGUGCAGCUGGCUGAUCCAGGCGCCUGAUCCACAGCAGAAGAUCCUCAUCAACUUCAAUCCGCAUUUUGAUCUGGAAAGCCGGGAAUGCAAGUAUGAUUUUGUACAGGUGUUUGAUGGUGUGGAUGAGAACACUUUCUCUCAUGGGAGGUUCUGCGGCAAAAUUGCUCCGUCUCCGAUUAUCUCUAAUGGAAACUCCUUACUCAUCAAAUUCACCUCCGACUAUGAAAGCGCUGGAGCCGGAUUCAGCAUCCGCUAUGAAAUACACCGCACAGGUACUGAAUGUUCCAGAAACUUCACCGAGCCGAACGGAGUGAUUCAAACCCCUGGUUUCCCUGAUAAGUAUCCAAACAACCUGGAGUGCACCUUCAUCAUCUUUGCACCCAAGAUGGCAGAGAUAGUUUUGGACUUCCAGAGCUUCGAUAUGGAACCGGACACAACCGCACCUGUGGGGGCCGUCUGCAGAUUUGACUAUCUGGAGAUAUGGGACGGAUAUCCUACAGUGGGGCCUCAUAUUGGUCGAUACUGUGGUUCCAGACAGCCAGGUCGUGUGAUCUCAUACACCGGCAUUCUCUCUCUCAGCAUCCACACAGACAAUGCUAUCACCAAGGAAGGCUUUUCAGCCAAUUACAGCAUCCGAACCAGCUCAGACCCACCUCAGCCGCACCAAGGUGAGUGUAUGUCUCCUUUAGGGAUGGAAAGUGGUGAGAUCACAGAAGACAGGAUAACUGCAUCAUCACAGUAUAAUCCCAGCUGGUCUCCACUGCGCUCCAGGCUGAACUUCCCUGAAAACGGCUGGACGCCAUCAGAUGAUUCUGUUCGGGAGUGGAUACAGGUGGACUUGGGUUUCCUGCGGUAUGUGACGGCCAUAGGAACACAAGGAGCCAUUUCAAAGGAAACGAAGAAAGCAUACUACGUCAAAACAUACAAGAUCAGUGUGAGCUCAAACGGAGAGGACUGGAUUAUCCUGAAAGACAAAACCAAACAUAUGGUGUUUCAUGGAAACCAAAAUCCCACAGAUGAGGUACGUGCUAGGCUGUCCAAACCUACCCUGACCCGUUACCUACGUAUUCGACCUCUGUCCUGGGAACAAGGCAUCUGCAUGCGUUUCGAGGUGUACGGAUGUAAAAUAUCAGAUGCUCCAUGCUCCAGUAUGCUAGGGAUGGUUUCGGGUCAGAUUUCGGACUCUCAGAUCACAGUGUGGCCGUCGGCAGAGAGGGGCUGGCUCCCAGAGCAGGCCCGGCUCCUAACCGGCCGAACGGGCUGGGUGGUUGCUCACCAGCAGAAUGUCGGAAAGAACCAGUCACUGGAGCUGGAUCUGGGGGCCCAGCGGAUGGUAUCGGGUCUCAUCCUGCAAGGAGGGAAAUACAGAGACGUGAAUAUUUUCAUCAGACGCUUCAGAGUUACAUACAGUACAAAUGGAACGGACUGGAGCCACAUACUAGAGGAGAACAGCAACAAAGUGAAGGUGUUUAUGGGUAAUCAGAACCAUGACACACCGGAAGUAUGUACUUUUGAUCCAGUGCUCAUGCGUUUGCUGCGUAUCUACCCUGAGCGUGGCUCUCCUGAAGGCAUGGGGUUAAGGCUGGAGGUUUUAGGAUGUGACCUGCAAGAGCCCACAACGCCUCUUCCCCUCACCACCACCAUGGAAACUACAGUAGCUACCGUCACCAGCGCUCCAGGGAAUAUUCCAACAACCACCAUUAUUCCAACAACAGUGGAGAAUUGUGAUGAUGAGGGUAACUGCCGCAGCGAAGCAGUGACAGACUAUGACACAACAGAAACUGCAGUGGCAGAGCCAUUUAUGGAGAUGGAAGCAGUACCUGCAUAUAUCUGGUUUGCCUGUGACUUUGGCUGGGCUGAUAACCCCUCCUACUGUGGAUGGAGUCAAGAUGGAGGUGAAGGAGCUGAAUGGCAUAUAAAUAACAACAGCAAACACACUGAUCACAAACUGCCUAAUCUGGACCACACAGGGAUGCCUCACAACUUCAUUUACGCAGCUUCUAACACAAACGCGAGGAUAGAGAUUGAGAGAAAGACAGAAACGGAGACAGAUGAAGAACUGGCGAGAAAAGGAAGGGUGGCGAGACUGGCCAGUUUGCCGGUCACAGCCCCGGACUCAGACCUGUGCAUGUCUUUCUGGUACCACUUCACUGAGAAACACACGGGAACUCUGAACAUCAAGCAGAAGAUAGAGCGAUUAGAGGUGGCGGAGGAGGAGAGAGAGGACAAUGAGCUUCUGAUCCGCUCUGUGAAUGGCCAGAUGAAAAGCAGAUGGAGGGAAGGAAGAGUUCUGAUUCCCAGUGCGGACACUCCUUAUCAGGUGAUCCUCGAGGCUCAAGUGGAUCCUACAGAGUCUGGUUACAUCUCACUGGAUGAUAUAAAGAUACUGGAUGAAGUGGAUCCUGAAGAGUGCAAGGACCCAGAUAAUACAGAAGGUGAUGAAGAUGAAGUUGAUGAGAUCGUGAACUGUGAGGGGACGGACAACACCCUGUGGAGUUUUGGACGCGGCUCCAUGCUGAAGAGUUUAGACCCCAUCCUGAUCACCAUCAUCGUGAUGAGCGCCGUGGGAGUCCUGCUGGGUGCCGUGUGCGGGGUGCUGUUCUACUGCGCAUGCGCUCACACUACAAACAGGAACCUCUCCGCUCUGGAGAACUACAACUUUGAACUGGUGGAUGGCGUCAAACUAAAAAAAGAAAAACUCAGUGCACAGAAAUCUUACACAGAGGCAUGAGGAAUGCUGGACGAACCCAGGAAGCACUUGCUGGACAAUAUUGGAGGAACGUUCUUAGAACGUUGUUGCAACGUUUCUCAAUGUCGAGACUGAGCGUUAUUCUCAGGACGUGCAGAAAGAGAAACUGGCCUCUAGAGGGCGCCGUGUAUAGAUUGUACAGCCAGACGAUGAUUGUCUACUGUUUGUUUGUUCGUUUGUACAUUUGUUGCUGGUGAUGAGACCAAGACAAAACGAUGUAUCCUCUCACACAGUUGGAUAGUUUUUUCGACAAGCCCCUUUUUCAGAGCUGUACAGAAUUGGGUUUUCAGUGUUAUUGUGCUCGUUUAUGCUUGGAGAUGUGUUUGUUCAGUUGGUAACUCACACUUCAUUCCAGUGGUGCCUUUAAAUGUGUUUUUGUUGCCUUUUUACACAUGGGUUCCUCCUUAGACAGUCAUUUGUUCUUGAGCACAAAUACAGGCCAAUACAGGUCAGAGGUCAAUACAUAAUAAUACAUCUUAAUAUAUCUCAACAGGACAUGCGCAUGAUGUCUAUCUCAAUGUUAAGUAGUUAGAUUAUUUGGUCCAUCUUCACUCAAUAUAUAUAUUGUAAAACAACAGGUCAGAAGACAUUUUGUUAGGGAAGCAUUAUAAUAUGACCCGAUUUCAUGAUUUAUUGAUUUAUUACACAGCUCUCUGCACUGCAGAAAUUUUAUUAGUAUUUUUGUCUUAUUUUCAAGUAAAAAUGUUAAGAUACUUGACAAGCAAAAUUGUGUAAGAUAUUACAGUUUUUCUUGUUUUUAACUUAACCAUCACUAAAAUUGGUUUUACUCUUAUAUAUUUAAAACAAGAAAAAAUUGCUAAUGGCAUAAGAAAAGUAUUUAAUUU